AUGAGUGUGGUUGGGUUUGAUAUUGGUAAUGAAAACUGUGUUAUUGCUGUGGUGAAACAACGGGGAGUUGAUGUGUUGUUGAAUGAUGAAUCAAAACGUGAAACCCCGGCUGUGGUAUGUUUUGGGGAGAAGCAGCGGUUCCUCGGGUCAGCAGGUGCUGCUUCUGCUGUGAUGAACCCAAAAUCGACUAUAUUUCAAGUGAAGAGAUUGAUCGGCCAGAAAUUUAAGGAUCCUGAGGUUCAAAAUGAGCUGAAGAUGUUACCAUUUGAAACUUCUGAAGGGAAGGAUGGAGGCAUUUUGAUUCACUUGAAAUAUUUGGGUGAGACACAUACAUUUACCCCGGUUCAGAUAUCGGCAAUGCUGUUUUCACAUCUGAAAGAUAUAGCAGAGAAAAAUUUGGAAAUUCAAGUCACUGAUUGUGUGAUCGGGGUACCAUCAUAUUUCACGGACUUGCAGAGACGGGCAUAUUUGGACGCUGCAACCAUUGCUGGGUUGAAGCCUCUGAGAUUGAUGCAUGACUGUGCUGCAACAGCACUUAGUUAUGGUAUAUACAAAACAGAUUUCUCUAAUGCAGGGCCAACUUAUGUUUCAUUUGUUGACAUUGGUCAUUGCGAUACUCAGGUGUCUAUUGUGUCAUUUGAGGCUGGGCAUAUGAGGAUACUGUCACAUGCUUUUGAUAGCAGUUUGGGAGGGAGGGAUUUUGAUGAGGUUUUGUUUGUUUAUUUUGCAAAACAGUUCAAGGAGCUUUACAGCAUAGAUGUGUAUUCUAAUGUGAGGGCAUCUAUUAGGUUAAGGUCAGCAUGUGAGAAGUUGAAGAAGGUUUUGAGUGCAAAUGCAGAGGCACCUUUAAAUAUUGAGUGCUUGAUGGAUGAGAAAGACGUUAGAGGUUUUAUUAAGAGGGAGGACUUUGAGAGGCUUGCAUCAGGAUUACUGGAAAGGAUAAGUGUUCCUUCCAGAAAAGCCUUAGCUGAUGCAGGUUUAUCUGUGGGUAAAAUCCACUCUGUUGAACUUGUUGGAUCUGGAUCUAGAAUACCUGCAAUUGCUAAGUUGUUAUCUUCUCUAUUUGGGAAAGAACCCAGCCGGACGCUGAAUGCAAGUGAAUGUGUGGCACGUGGAUGUUCUCUCCAGUGUGCAAUGCUUAGUCCAGUUUUUCGAGUCAGAGAAUAUGAGGUUCAAGAUGCUUUUCCUUUCUCCAUUGGAUUCGUAUCUGGUGGAGACCAAAUUUCCACUGGCUCUAAUGGCAUACUGUUCCCAAAAGGCCAACCCUUUCCAAGCAUCAAAGUCUUGACAUUUCAGCGGAAUAAUUUGUUUAAUCUGGAAGCAUUCUAUGCCAAUCCGAAUGAACUGCCUGCUGGUGUAUCUACAAAAAUUAGUUCUUUCACAAUUGGUCCUUUUCAAGCCUCAUCUAAUGAAAAGGCAAGGAUUAAAGUUAAAGUUCAACUAAACCUUCACGGCAUUCUAACUGUUGAGUCAGCUAUGUUGGUGAAAGACCAUAUGGAUGAUUCUACUAGGAGGGGUAACACUCAUCCACAAAUGGACAAAACAAAGGCUGACUUGGAUUCGUUGACAGAGGUUGCGAAUGGUGAUGAAGAUACUACCACUGUGCAUUCUCAAUCAUCCGAUGCUACUGCUAAUGGUGCACUAAAAGAUAAAGCCAAUCAGAAAUUUGAGAUUCCGGUUAAUGAGAACAUAUAUGGUGGAAUGACUGAGGGUGAGCUUUCAGAAGCUCAGGAGAAGGAACUUCAGUUGGCCCAACAGGACAAAGCUGUAGAACAAGCCAAAGACCAGAAGAAUGCCUUGGAGUCGUAUGUUUAUGAGCUGCGAAAUAAGGUUGAACCUCAAAUGUAUUAUGUUCUUUUCAACACCUAUCGGAGCUUUGCUAGUGACACGGAGAGGGAAGGAAUUUCCAGGAACCUACAAGAGACUGAAGAGUGGCUUUAUGAGGAUGGUAAUGAUGAAACUGAAAAUGCUUAUACUGCAAAAAUGCAGGAUCUUAGGAAGUUGGUGGAUCCAGUUGAGAAUCGAUAUAAAGAUGAAGAAGCAAGAGCACAAGCAACAAGAGAUUUGUUAAAUUGCAUUGUGGAUUAUCGAAUGUCUGUGGAUUCUCUCCAAACCGGUGAUAGAGAAUUGAUCACCAACGAGUGCAACAAAGCUGAGCAGUGGCUGAGAGAGAGAACCCAACAACAAGAUUCCUUACCCAAGAAUACAGACCCUGUAUUAUGGUCAAGAGAUAUCAAAAGCAGGACAGAGGAUCUAAACUCGACGUGCAAGCAGAUAUUGAGAAAGAAGUCUUCCCCUGCAAAUUCGGAGGAUGGUAAGGGCCUGGACCAGCAAGAGUAG